AUGGCAAAAUUUCAAGUAAGACAUUUGAACGAGAAUCUAACUUGUGGCAUCUGCAAGGGUUAUUUGGUUGGGGCCGUCACUGUCACCAUCUGCAUGCAUUCCUACGAAUGUGUGAACAGAUUAAAGUUCAAUCGACUCUCAGGACACCAAAGAAUCAACAGAGACAACGAAGAAAGUGAAAAAGAAACAAAUGUGUCAUCUGCCGCUGACCUCACUAACAACGACAACAACAAAAGUUACCAUCAGUUAAAGAAAUUUAACAUCAUAUUUGAUGGGGAUGUUGUCAACGUGUCCCUCACUGCUAAAAGUACAAACAACUUGCAACCCGAAAAUACCAGGUACUUUUUGUGCCCCGUGAAAGUUCAAAUCGGCCACCUCCUCAAGCUGAUCACGCACAAAUUCAAUAAUGAGUUCAGAGACAGCAUUCAAAUCCUAAUCUGCCAUGAAGGGAGAUUGCUCGCCGAAGACUUGACACUAAUGGACGUUUAUUACAUGUGCAACAUCAAAAAAAGCACAUCCCUAAACCUGGCCUACUUUGUCUAUUGCACUAACUCACUGACUAAUGUUAAUUCUUGCAUCUCCUCAUCUAACGAUAACAAUAAUGAUAACAAUGGAAAUAAUAACGAUGAUAACAAUGACAACGAUGGUGAUGAUGGCAUGGAUGUUGAUGAGGAAGAGGAAGAUGGAAGAGAGGAGGGGGUGAAUCAGGAUGAUUGCUGUAACAACAAUAAUAAUGAUAGUAAGAAAAGUAACUGUAAGUACAACAACAUCAACAACAACAAUAGCAGUGGCACAGUUACCACAACAACAACUGCAGACGCAAGCAACUUCUAUGACCACCUACCAACCAUUAACCAGAUAACCUCCAGCCAGCUGAGUCAGUUUGAUUGUAUGAACAACAACAAUACCAACAACAUCAACAGCAGCAACGACAACAUUUUCAACAGUAUCAGUAACAACAAAACCCUAGAUGAUGAUCAACAAACUAUUCUGAACGAUCCAAUACAGUGGGAGAGCUGGAAGUUGGUUCAAUUUAAGGAACCAAUGGCAGUAAGUCAAAUUGGGUCACAAACAUUUGACCCACAUUUUUUAAAAAAUGAUAUUGUAGUGAGAGAAAGCAAUUACGCCGAUAAUUCACUCGUUCUAUCAUCAUCAUCCUCAUCUUCAUCAUCUUUUUUCCAGGCCAAUCACAUUGGUCAUAAUGUUGCAGCUGUUGGCGUUCAUUUGGAUGUUAGGAUUGCUAACAACAACAGCUGCAAUGAUAUUUUAAAUAAUAAUGACGAGAAUGGUGAAGUCGUUAACAUUGUAAAGAACGGUCCUGAAGUUUUGCUGACAGGUUCACUGAGUGCUGAAGAGAGUCUGUCCAUGAGCCAGCAGGACCUUGAUGACGGUGCCUCCAAUGGUCGCUAUGAUGCUAACCAUGUUAACCAGGAUCACAUCAACAACAACAACAACAACGUUAACCAGAGGUACCCACAACAACUGCAGAACCACAGUAUUAAGGACAAUAAUUUUGCUGCAUAUGAUGAUGAUGACGAAAGUGAUGAUGAUGAUGAUAAUGGACCCAGUAAAUCAAAAUAUGCCAAAAUUGGCACAUCCCUAGGCGUGUCAAGAACGGAAUUUGAGGAAUCAUUACAUCUAAAGCCGUGCAGAGUCUUGCUGUACAAGCUGCCUGAUUUUUCAUUCCUUCAAUCAUCUUGUGAUGGAGCAUCAGCUGCAGUACAGAACUCUACGACAUCAGCAUCGUCUGCUGAAUAUCAUUUCAGUGCCAGCAACAACAACAGCAACGCCGAUGAUGGUGACAUGGUGAUGAAGACAUCAGCAGGAGAUCCAUCGUCCGAUUGUUCCGAAAACAGUCGAGUUGGCAGUGCUGCUUCUGCUACUGGUCAAAAUAAAUUCAAAAAGUUUUACUCAAUGAAGACGUUGAUUGCAAAAUACGAGAAGGAGCUCGAUAGACUGAAUAAUAUAAAGAAAAAGUUGGUGCUGCUGAAGGAAAAGAAGAAGAAAAGGAUGAGGAAAAAGAUAAUCGAUUCAUCCUCAUCAUCGUCGUCAUCAUCAGCAGCAUCAGCAGUCAUAGAAAGUAAUGUUCCUUUAAAUAAUGAUAGCAGCAGUAACAGUAAUGCUUACAUGAUGGAGGCCCAUGCUUAUGCCCUGAUUAACAAUCCUUCAAGUGACAGCAGUGCAUCACACACCGUCAGGGAUGUUACUGUUAGUAGCUGUAAUUGUAUCCACGCUGCUCCAAACCCUCCCCUGGAAGAUGUGAGGCUGCAUCCCUUGUCGUCAGUGGCAUCAGCUACAAGAACGUCAUCAACAACGACGAUGACAGUGAAGUUGGAGGAGGUGACCCCUGAGGAGAUGAGGGACGACGACAACAACUGCAGCAUCGAGGCCAGCGAUCCGACCAAUGUUGACGGCAACCAAAAUUCAACCAACUUUUUGGAUGGUAAUAAUUUUAACAACACAGAAAAGAACAACAGCAGAAGUUUUAAAAAUUCCGAAAGUGCAAACAACGAGACUAAUGGCACUUCAUCUUCUUUUACAAAAACGCACUGGAAUCUAAACUCUACAGCACUACUAGCAAAUGGAAGAGUUAGCAAACAAAAUGCUAAAAGUGAACUUACAAUGAAAGUAAACAGGGCUGUUGUGGCCUGUGCUGGUAAUGAUAACAAUGAAUCUGUCAACCCUAACCACAGAGCAGCCAGGGUUAGCAGCUCUCCAUCAUCAACCUCCCACUCGACACUCAGCAGCAGCAAUAAUUUAUUUGCUAACAAUUUCGUUAAUAAUUAUUCUUGUAAUAAUAAUAUAAACUAUAUUAAUUGUAAUAAUUUAAAUAAUAAUAAGUUACUGACGAACCAGCCACAAAAUUUUAUGUCAAACAGUUCGUUCGUAAAUCAACGCCAUCAACUCAGACCGUACACAAAUAAUCGGCUCCAACUUAUGAGCGCUUCUACCACUAAUUCACAAACUUCAACUCUCUGCCUGACCACUGACUCUAAACCAGGCAUGUGCUGUUCCAAUUCCGUUGGCCAGUUCAACCCUUACAGAUAUUCUGACCCCAGGAUGUUGAAUUAUUUGGCAGUUUAUAAUGGCGAGCCAAGUAGCACUCAAGUCGUAUCUGCGUGUGGGGGCUACAGACCGAUGUUCGCGCCAAAGCCAGGCACUAAUUUUAUGGGAGAAUUUUUUAAUAAGAAGUCCAAAUUAGGGAUGGUUGGGGGAUGUGCUAUUCUUAGAUCUGCUGCCAUUGUUAAGCAACAACAUUUGCAACUGCAGCAACAAUUGCGACAGCAGCAACAACUACAACAACAGCACCAACAACAACAACAGUUUAGGCAAUUACAGCAGCAGCAACAAGCAUUAAAACAGCAGCAGCCCCAGUUGAAGCAGCAUCAAUUGUUUCAUCCAAAGAGGGCAGCUAAGAAUAAUUUUAGUAAAAGCUUCGAUAAUGACGUCAACAUCGUCAGUAAUGCUAAUUUAGUGAGUAAAAGCGAAUCUAAAAAUAAGAUGACAUCAACGUUUGGCGAACAGAUCCAUGUCGGAAACUGUUUACAAAUGGUUUCAUCUGCUAAUAACGCCAGAAGUAUUAGCAACAGCAUUAAAGUUAAUGACGUCGCUAGCAACACACCACCAACAACAACACUAACAACAAACAAUAACAACAACAGCAACAACAACAUUAACAACAAUUACAUCAAGACAACAGCAUACACACUCCUUCCUGAAAUGAUUGACCUUGCAAACCUGCGGAUGCCACCGCUUUAUUACAACAUCCUCAACUCUUCCGGCCCUUUUCAACUGUCAAAGUUUCAUCAGCCACCAGCCAAGAAACAGAAAUUGAUGAAAAACAAACAGCUCUCUCUCACGCCUCCUCCAUUGAUUCCAAGCCACACCAACCACAUCAGCCACGUCAACCGCAGCAGCAGCUGCAGUAGUAGCAGCAGCAACGUCCGCGCUGUUGGCAUGGCCAGCAACGACAGCAACGUCGUUGAAUCGCCAUCUGCACUAUCAUCUGCCGCUGCAUCAUCCUUGCCAAAUUAUUGUUUCGACUCCAAACUGAGGUCUUCCAGUGCGAACGGCCUUGAACUUAGCUACCAAUCUGUCGGCAAUUCAGAAUUUGUCGAAAUCAAUCAGCUGAUUGAGGAUGAGAAGAAGAAUAAUAGUAAUAAUAAUAAGAUAGCUUUGAUGGUGGUGGGAAGAGAUGGCGAUAGAAUAACGACGAUGAAUAAUAACGAGUUGGUGAUGAAUUUCGAGUCAGCAACAUCGCCCUCUAACAACAACAACAACAACAAGGAGAGUCUCAGCAACAAAAUCCUACCAGCCUUGAAAAGACCAAUGAAGAAGAUGAGGGAGUCCAAGUUUUUAGACUCCUUGCUGCUACAAGUUCAAAGGUCAAAAGCUUCAAGUGUGCAAAACAUGGAAAGCAAUUUAGCUGUGGGAGGUGUCGUUAAUGAGGUCACUAAUAGCAAAGCGACAGUUAUGAAUGAGGUCAAGUUUGAUGGUGAUAAAGAUUGUAAUGAUUGUAUUAAUGAAGAUGGUGACAGACACGAUGGUGGUGCAAGUAAAGGUGCUGCUGAUGAUUGCAUCAGUUGUGAUGAUGAAAUGUCAGCCACGCCACUCUCAACCAUCACCUCAUCAUUAUCAUCACCGAAAUCAACAGCUGCAUCUUUAGUAGCACCAAUUACGUCAUCAUCAUCAUCAUCGUCGUCGUCAGCAUUAACGACAACAACAUUGUCAACCUCUUCCUCCUCAUCAUCAUCAUCAUCAUCUUUAGUAUCAUCAUCACAUUCACCGCCAACAUCAUCAGCUGCAUCAUCUUCACUUGAAUGCAUUAAUUCUCCUUCAUCAUCAUCUUCUUCAUCAAAUAUCAUUAAGGUUAUGCCACCUUCAUCCAGUUAUAACGAGAGUGAAGCAGUAGUUGUUAACUCUGGUAACUCAUGUACCCAGCAGUUCGACAGCUGCACUCAGCAGUUCGACAGCACUUCUAAUGACGCCAGUAUUAUUGAUAAUAGUGAUAAUGUUAGUGAUGAUAAAAAUAAUAAUAAUUGUAGCCAUGAUAGGAGUGAUGAUAUCGUGACGUCACAAGCAGUAGUGUGCUCUAGUGAAGUGGUUCAGUGUGCCGAUGUUAAUACAUCAGUUUCCAUUGCACAUACUACUGCUGCUGCUACAGCGGCGACAACAACGUCUGAUGAAGUCGCUCCAGCAGUGAACUCCUUGGCCUCUUGCACUCCAGUUGGUUUCAGCUCACUUGAUAUGAGUACAUUCAGUUGUACUACUAAUGCCGUUGUUACCGAUGAUUGUGUUGCGGAUGUAGUUACCGCUACUGUUACAAUUGCUGCAACUGCUACAACUGCUGCAACUGCUGCUUCUUGUAUAUCCACUGCUUGUUCUGAAAGUCUUAAUUGCUCUGAUAAUAUUACUGCAGCUGGUGCCGACGGGACUGCUGUUUUCGUCGUGGCCAGUUCAGUUGACGAUGAAAUUCGAAGAGGUUCUGAUUCUUCAUCGUCUGAUAUUCACGAUAGGACCACAUCAAAGAGCGCUGAUGGCGAAUGUAGUUGUAAACAAAAAAUUGAAAGCAAUGAUGAUGGUGUUGAUGAUGUUGAUGAUGUGGCUGCUGCUGCUGCUGCUGCUGGUUCUGAUAGUUCUCAUUGCUACGCCAACAAAACUUUCGUUUGCACGCUGAUAGGAAAUUUUCCAAAAAAUAUUGUGACUGAUGCAACAUUGAGCCCCGCCGUCAUAAAUCCUGCUCUUAAUACUGACCCAACCACUGCUGCUGGCACGACUGAUAAGAAUAUUAAUGAUAGUGGUGGUAAUGAUGAUGUUCAUCAUGAUGAUUCUGGUGAUGUCACUACUGCUGCUACAUAUAACAAUAAUGAUUUUACAUUUACUGAAGCAACAGCAGCAGUGAUUCAUAUUGACAGUGACGACAAGAUUCGAACUGCUACUACAGAUUCUAAUAAUGUGAUUCCUGUAAAUGCUGCUAACACCGCCACUGCUGCUACUACUGCAGCAAAGAAAGCAGCGGCACAGAAGACAAAGACGUUUAUAAUAAUUGAGCCAAUAUUUCAGACAACCCCCGACAAAACGAUGAAGACCAUCAAGCUGUCGACCAUUGAAUCAAACACCAAAGCCACCACAGUCAUUACGGCUGUCUCGAGUCAGCCUGGCGGGAAACUUCCACCUCCUACUCCAACUCCAUUUCCAUCGUCAACGAGCGCUUCCACUGCUGAUGAUCCAACCUCAAGGAAUUACAUCAACUCAAACUGCAAUGGUGAUGACGACGAUGACGAUGGUUAUCAUAAUCAUGCUGCUGCUGCUGCUGCUGCUGCUGUUGCUGUUGCUGAUGAUGACGAGGAGGAGGAAGAAGAUGAUGAGGAGGAGGAGGGAGAUGAAAUAAAAGAAGUUGCCUGUGGAACUCAGAAAGAUGAAAGACGAUAUUGAAUGGAAGUAAAGAAGAUUAUGAAGAAGCUUGAUGUGUCUGCGCAUAAAUUGCUUCAGGAUAUCAAUUUAUUUUGUGUACAUAAAUGUUAGAGUUAUGUGUUUGUGUGUGUGUGUGUGUAUGUGUGUGUGUGUGUGUAAAUAUAUAUUGUGUAAAUAUUGAAUGUGCUAACAUCAUGUAAGGACACUUUGAUAUAUCAGUACGCUACUCAUUCGGCAACACUGUCAUCAGCUUUUUAUUACUUCAAGAGUUCAUUCAUUCAUUCAUUUCUUAAACGUCGUCCAACACUCUUGAGAGUUUGAAAUGAAGUGCUUAUUUGCUUGUUUGUUUGUUUUUUAAAUUCAUAUGUUUUUCUAACUUAUGAAACACUGAUUGAAUGUUUUGGUGAAAUGAAUAUGAGGACGAACAUAUAAGUGUGCGCAUAUCAAGCCAUAUCCUUCUAUUUAUUUAUGAAUUCAUCUAUUUAUUUUGUUUGUUUCUGUAUAUUAUUUCGUCUUCGUUUUCUUAUAUUCUCAGUCAUACACAGAGGUAAAAAAAUGUUCUAAAUUUAUUUUAUAUAAUUUUUUCUGUUUUAUUUUUGUUUAUGAAACAUGUACGUAUGUGUGUAUGUAUGUAUGUAUACAUGUAUAUUUAUGUAUGUAUGUAUGUAUGUAUGCAUGCAUGUAUGUAUGUAUAUGUAUCAUGUUCAUGUACAACCAAAAUUCAUUUCAUUUUCAUUCACUGGCAUUGUUAUAAAUUAUAAUGUAUGUGUAUUAUUGUCUGUUCAUAUUUCUUUAUAUUUAUAAAUAUAAAUACAGAUUUAUUUAUAAAU